UGCCGAUGUUUGAAAGAUGGUAGAAACAGAAAAGAGUUUGAGUCCCGCAAACCUGAAAAAGUAUACGGACGAAGGUCGAUUACCGUUGAAUGUCAAACGGGAAAUAAUUCCAUGUUUGGUGGAAAGCUCAGUGGGUUGUCAAGAAAACGAGGAGCUAAACGGAGUCACUUCUGCUAUGCUUCAUGAAGCAUUUUGGCUAAGUCCCAUAUGUGAAUCAAUUUUCAUCCUUUGUUCAGAGCUGAAGCCUAAGCCAUUGCAGCUUUCUAGAGCUGAAAUUGUGCUGAAGGAGUUUUAUACAUUCUUUAAGAAUGACCAGAAAAUAACCGAACUUUUUGCAGAAAUGAGUUUCAUCCAAACUGAUGUCGAAAAGAUGAACGCUUCUAUGUGUUCGGAUCAACUUAUUAAUAUACCCGAUAUUGUUUCGAACGUUUUGGAGAAAACUUCGAAUGAAAAGUGGGACAAUUUGCAAGGUGACAAAUAUUUCAAAAGGUUAUUCGAAGCUGUAGUUGUGCUCAUCAAAACAAACCCGCUUUUUGGAAUUAAAAAAGUAGAUUUCUCAGUUCUAUCGUAUUUCAUUUCGAAGAGUUGCAAAAGAGCAAAAUGUGUCAAGUUUGUUCUUUCACCGCUGGUUCAUUACGUGACGAAUUUGGAUCCUGACGACUAUGUGGCUAGACGCUCUCUUUGGCAGCUUUCGGCUAAUUGCCCCAAAGAGUACCUGGAUACAUUUGUUACUUCUAUUCUGAAAGUUUGCUCUUCGUGGAAAAAUGUUAGCUCAAUACUCGGAGAUCUUGUGAUUCAAUGCGAAAUCUGUCGUCAUAUUUUAUUCACAAAGCUAGUUUCUGACCGCUAUUUUGAAGAUGACCAGCUCAUAUGCAACUUGUUGGGGUACUUUUUGGGUCCAGAAACCAGCAGAUUGGAGAUUUUCGACCUGUUUCUUACUGAAGUAUGCAAGGUCUGGGCCGAUCCCUUUGUGGUGCUGUAUGUACCAUACGAGCAAUUGCUGUACAUAAACAAAAUUGCAGCUCUAGGAAUCCAGAAACACCCCAGUCCAGCUGAAUGGGGGAAGAGAUGUAGCCACCGAAUAAUGGAGGGAAUCACCAUUUACCUCAAGAGUUCAGUGGAAAGAGUACGUGUAAUGGGCUCAUACGUAGGACAGCUUCUCUGCAAUGCGAUCAAUAAAGGCGCUAAAUCGAAGUUGGACCUCCCGAAAACAUCAACUACUGACCAUUUCAUUAAACAGAUUGAUCAAUUGGUCAAGCUAUACGAAACACAGGAAUCCAUUGCUCCUCCGGAUUCCAAGAGCUCAACUAAUGAAGAUAACAAACAAGGUACAUCACAUGAGAAGAACAGUAUUGAUGAAAAUACGAAAGUUACUUCAAAGCAGAAUUUGGACAGCGAUGAUGAUGAUGAUGAUGAUGAUGAUUUUACACCUUAUGACAUGUCAAAUGACACUCCCCAGAUCAAGUUCCAGAAGUCGGCCUACCUUCAAGACAUCAUCAAUGGACUCUCAAGUAGUCCCAGUAGCGACAGCGCUGCAAAACAUACAGCCGCUGACCUAUUCGAACAAACUAUAAUUGACGCAAAAGAUAUUAUUCUAAGAUCAGAUCAAGUUGCGAUUGAUGAAAUGUGCCUGGACGUUGCGAAGGUUCUAAUGCACGUUGAAGACAAAUAUGCAACUCCUGAAUUCGAGACUCUGAGAGUCAAUGCACUGGGUUCUAUACUGCAGCGACAACCGAAGAAAGUGUCUGGGUUUCUGAUUGAUAUGUUCUACGAAGCUAACUUCUCAAUAAGACACAGACUGGAUAUUCUGCAGGCCAUCAGAAUGGCAGCAGCUGAAUUGUCCGAGCUCAAAGUAGACACUUCAGAAGAUUCUAGAAGCAAUCUGGACAAGGGUGGAAACAUGGAACAGGAUUGGAGAGCCACUGUCGAUCAGAGGGUGUUAGCCAAGACGAAAUUCUUCCACAAAGUCAAACCGAAGAAGAAAAUUAUAACUGAGAACAAGUUUUCACAAGUGUGUGGUUCUUUUUUCUUUCCGUUUCUGGCCAAAUACGAUCAGCCUAUCGCUACUCUUAGACUACUUAAUGAAGACAGUCAAGUCUUUUCGAACCUUCUUUAUACAAUGGGAAUUGUAUUGCAUUACUCUGUGAAUACUCCUUGUGCUAUGAAAAUGGCAAAAGAGUUGAUUGGUGAUUUUUGCCAGCAGCAUUUGAACCACGCCGACGCUUGUGUCAGACAAUCAGUGUGGUUUUGUGCAUUGGUAGCUUUGACUGCGGUAAACUCGGCAGAGCUAAUUUUAGCCGAUGAAAGUUUGACAGACGGUUUUAUGAAGUACAGAAUUGCGGCGGCGUAUGUACGCGAGAAUGACCCGCACUCCGAAUGCAGAUUGUUAGCCGAACAGUUCCUGGUGAAUUUAAAUGAAGUUGUAAAGCAGGUUUCAAGCGGAUAAUAUCUGCAUGCAUAGUUCUUGUUAUUUUAAAUCGAAUAUUAAUUUAUGAUUACAA